AUAUAUCUUUAGAAGAAGGUGCUCUAUUAGAACCACUUUCUGUUGGAGUCCAUGCUUGCAAAAGGGGAGGUGUUAAAGUUGGUUCUACAGUAUUAAUUUUAGGAGCUGGACCAAUCGGUUUGGUUACAUUGGUUACCGCAAAAGCUAUGGGGGCUACUAAAAUUUAUAUAACAGAUCUAACAGAAUUCCGAUUAAAUGUAGCUAAAGAAAUGGGAGCUUACAAAGCAAUCAAAGUAAAUAGAGGAGAUUCAGACGAACAAGCAAUAGAAAAUGUAAGAAGUGAGAUGGACAACGAAUUUCCAGAUGUUACUAUUGACUGCAGUGGUUUUCAACAAACAAUUAAAAUGGGAAUGGAGCUGACAAAAUCUGGAGGAGUAUUAACAAUUGUUGGAAUGGGAGCAGCAGGCAAUGUUCAAUUGCCAUUAUUCAAUGCAUUAUCUCGAGAAGUAGACAUCAGAGGAGUUUUCCGCUAUGCCAAUGAUUACCAAGAUGCAUUGGCUUUACUGUCUACAGGACAAAUAAACAUGAAACCCCUAAUCACUCAUAAUUUUAAAAUUGAAGAAUCAUUGGAAGCUUUUAAAACUGCUGAGACUGGGAUUGGUAAUGCAAUUAAAGUUAUGAUACACUGUAACUAAGAAAAUUUACAAUAAACUAAUAAUUAUUCUGUAGUUAAAAAAAAAAUUAUAUUUUUAAAUGUUUAAUUUGAUGAUUGAGGUAAAGCGUACUUAUUCUGUAAUGCAAUUAUGUACUACUUUAUUAAUUCACAAUAUUUUUUUAAUAUUAAUGGAUUUGUUAAAAUGUAUUUAAUAAAAACUACAAAUUAACAUGAAAA